AUGGCAAGCGCAUUAGAGAUAUUUUUACAAAUUGAGGACAUUUUUCAAAUGAACUUGAAAGUGAUAGAAAAAAUUCAAAAGAUCAUAGAUCAAAUUAAUGUUGAAGAAUCUGAAAAUUUUGAAACACCUCUAAAAUAUCUAAAGAAGGUCAUUG